AUGGCCGACAGCGACUGGGAUACCGUCACACGUAUUGGUAGCAAAGUCAGAGGUCCUGGCAGUGGGGCCGUCGAUCGUGAACGGGUUGUAAAGGGCAAUUCAGCACUCAACGCAGCUAAGCGCUCAGGCGCUGUCGUCCUCACGGAAAAGAAAUACGGAGGCACUAAUAGCAGAUCGGGCGCCGAGGGCCAACACUUGACCAAGGUCGACCGCUCUGACGAUAUCAUAAAGCCCAAAACCAUCCCACCAGCAGUGUCACGGGCCAUUGCCGAAUGGCGGAACCAGAAUAAGGGUCCUGAUGGUAAAGCGAUGAAGCAGAUCGACCUUGCCGACAAGGCUCACGUCGAUAGGACGCUCCUCCGAGAUAUUGAGUCUGGCAAGGCGGCAUACGAUUCAGUGGCGCUUGGGAAAUUGGAAAAAACCAUGCACAUCAAUUUGUUAGGCGGUGACAUCGGGAGCCCCAAAGGUCCAAAGUUUAAGAGGCAGCAGCAGAAAUGA